AUGUGCCCCACCCUUACCAAGGUUACUGGACGCACCCAACGCAUAGGAUGAACUUGAGUUAAGCCAAGAAGCUUCAUUUCUGUGUUUUCCUGUUCUAAUAACAAAAAGGGGAGAACUUGGUUCAAUUGGCUGUGGAUAACACUGCUGUAUAUCAAAGUAACCUAUACUUCGUUGGAUUUGCCUAAGAGCGGAGUGACGGCAGUACCAUCGCACAACUUUGUCUUAUGAAUUGACAUCGGAAUUCUGCUGUUUUGCCUAUAAAAACUUCCUGUGAAUUUUCCAUGAAUUCACAAACAAGCGUUGUUGGUGUCCAUUAUCGCGUGGAACGCAAAAUUGGGGAGGGUUCCUUUGGUAUCAUCUUUGAUGGAACAAAUCUUCUAAACAGCCAACCUGUAGCUAUAAAAUUUGAAUCAAGGAAAUCCGACGCACCUCAAUUACGAGAUGAAUACAGGACGUACAAGCUUCUCGUCGGUUGCCCCGGUGUUCCAAGCGUCUAUUACUUCGGACAGGAGGCCCUGCACAAUAUUCUGGUAAUUGAUCUUCUUGGUCCCAGUAUGGAAGAUUUAUUUGAGCUGUGCGGACGCCGUUUCAGUGUAAAAACAGUUGCAAUGACCGCUAAACAAAUGCUUGCUAGAAUACAGACGAUACACGAAAGAAACCUUGUUUACAGGGAUAUAAAGCCAGAUAAUUUUUUAAUUGGAAGACCCGGAUCAAAAAAUCCUAAUAUGAUCUAUAUUGUGGACUUUGGCAUGGCUAAAUACUACCGCGAUCCUAAAACCAAAGUUCAUAUUCCGUUCCGCGAAAGGAAAAGCUUAUCGGGAACAGCACGUUACAUGAGUAUAAAUACACAUCUUGGCCGCGAGCAAUCUCGCAGAGACGAUCUCGAAUCCUUGGGACAUGUAUUUAUGUAUUUUCUGCGUGGCAGCCUUCCAUGGCAGGGCUUGCGCGCCGCAAACAACAAACAUAAGUAUGAGAAAAUCAGUGAGAAAAAACAAUCUACAUCCAUAAAGGAAUUGUGUGCUGGAUUUCCUUCUGAGUUUAGCCGGUACCUCACGUAUGUUCGUGAACUUGGCUUUGAUGAAGAGCCGAAUUAUGAGUUUAUGCAAGACCUUUUUGAUCAAGUUUUGAGAAACAAUGGCGACAUCAAUGAUGGCGUAUAUGACUGGAUGUUGUUAAACAAUGGAAAAGGUUGGGAAUCUAUAUCUAAUCACUCUUCGGUAAUUGCUAUGCAGCGUAACAAAAAGUUCUCCGGCUUCUGUGCUCGUCAGCACGAAACUUCACGAGCAAACGUAAACUCCCGUUCACGGGCAUAUGCUUCCAACAAAACAACACGCGGAUCGAAUGCAAAUGCAUAUGUUUCUAUGCCCUCACCUAGUGGACUUGUUCCGCCCUGUCCAUCCCGGAAUUCUGCAUCUGCUCCUUUGAAUCUUGUUCAGGACCGAAUGGGUUAUGGCACUUACGAUCCAGUUUCGCGCAUGACGCCGCGUCAUUACCAUGGAAAGGGGCAUCGUGGGUUAUUACAUAAUGCACAAGAGUCCCGAGAAGAGGAAGAGAAGCGCGGUUUUUGGUCAGCAUUUUGCUGUUGUUGCUCUUUUGGGCGGUGAUGAAUCCAAGCACAAGUCUGCAGGAGCCUCAUACAUUUUGUUAUAUUAACGGAUGCAUGGGUACGAGUCUGGCUGUAUCUUAAUUAGUAUUUCCACGCACGAUUGUGAAAGCGAUCAUAGGCAAGUCUCUUAAUCAUUACCUGUAUUAACAGAAAACUACAGUCCGCAGUGACCAAAGCAUAGACCCAAGAAAUUAUGCAAUUGUUACAUGUACUCAAGCAAGUCCAACCUUUAUCGAGCACCCUCGUUGAAAACACGGUAUCCGUCACCAUCCACUCCUUUCGCACGCGCUUUAAUGAUUACUCGUGCCUGAACAUAACUUCCUCAAUGUUCUUUCCCGCUAGUGUUUCCGUCAUGUAUAAUUUUUGUGGACUUUGCGCCAUGUCCUCGUUUUUACUUGACUAACGUCUCAAAUGACUAUUCCUCACACUCACGAAAGUUGAAGUACUUUAUUAUGUAUUCGACUUUCCAUGGAAGUUCUGGCCCGGUCAACGAAACGAAUUCUUCAUUUCCAAUAGCCCUAAGCUCAAUUUUAGCAUUGAUCAAUAUAUACUUAAAUACUUCCUUCACUUCACCGUUCGUCAUCCAUCAUUUGCCUAACAUAUCCGUAAUAAAAUUCAAGUGGAGCCGUGUACCUAAAGUUAAUGAACGCAGUAGGUUUACAGGAAG